AUGGGCCAAACUUCCGACUCGGAGCCUGCAAAACGAAAGCGUGAUGUCGAUGAUGCCGGUGGUCAAGGUCGCGCUCAGCACGCACCUCCAUCUCUUCAGCAAGGCGUUCCCGGUUAUAUCCACUAUCUCCCGAGAUCAAAUGCAUCGCAUUUGAGCCUCGUACAGGGUGAUGCGGACACAUUUGCCGACAUCAUCGGUCUGAUUGGCGAAUAUGAGAACGUGUUGGAUAGGCAUGAGAGUCUUGCAGCAAGUCUUGGGGCUAAACUUACCGGUCCAAGACUUUUGAGAGGUAUUGAGAAGUUUUUCGAUGGACCAAUCAAGACGACACCACUGCAGCCCUUCUCCAACCCUAUAGGUUGGCUGGAUGUUGUCAGUUUUGCGAGAUCAAACCCAAAGGAUUUCACCCUCGUUCAAAAGGCGGAUGGCACCCGAUGCUGCCAAUUUGUUCUCAAAGGCUCACAGGUGGAGAUUAUGGAGGACGAUUGGCGUUUGGUAUGGUCUGGCGCUUUGGACCGGUUUCCCCUGGACCACCCCCUCGAAGAGGAUGAGACGGCAGAACUGGCGACAUUGGAUAUUCUCGAACAAAGAACCUCAAUUCUGUACAAGAAGGCUGACGAAGUGGCGGCAAGAGCUCGUAUACUUAACCAUCGGCUAGGGCAGAGGAAGCAGGAUAUUCGUCGACGCAGGAGCACACAGGACACACCGCCGUCACGAUAUCAGCCCACUAACAGCGCCGGUAGUGGCAUUUCGCAGCGAACGGCUAACUUCAGCGCCGGCUAUGACUUACACGCAGAUUUGCUGCAGCAGUUUCUCGCAGCUUCAGCUUCACCACCGCCAUCUCGGUCAACUUCAGUUACAGGAAUUCCUAUAACCACUUUAAGUCAACCGUCCCCUUCGCACAGCGUAACCCACUCGCAAGCGCACGGUCCGAGAUACAGUGGCCAUGCAGCAGAGACAACAGUGCAGCCUGUGAUGGACAGCCGCGAGGCAGCUUUCCGGUCUCUUAUUACACAAAGGACUGACCAGCUGGAUGAUGAGUUCCGACAACUCAAGCGAGACAUGGGUCUCAGGGAUGAAAUGGAUGUUGAUGGGCACUCAGAUAGCGGACGAGUUCUUGACACAUUAGACCCCAAAGACGGACAUUCAAGUCGACUUGGGGAGAGACAAGAAGCAGGCAGAACGUCUGGGGAUAGAACACCGGGAACAUACGGUACGGAUGAGGGUUCGAGGCCUCCUAGUCGGGACAACGGGCAUCUUCCUAGUACAAUGGAGCCGUCGACUGCGUCGAUGCACCGAUUCGAUCUGAGUGCAGAACGACAUCGGCUCCCUUUUGGAAUGGGUCAGUCAGCAAGGUCGGAUCACAGCAGCCAUUCGGUCGAAACAUUAGCACCUGGACCAAACGCCACGGGGUUGGCGAGUUCGCUGGCAACACCUUCGAACAGUACGUAUAGGGGUAGUGAUGGUUCGUUGAAUCCUUCAGCCAGCUGA